AUGCAGGCGGCGCGGGGCGGCGCGGGGCGGCCGGGCCGGGCGGGCCGCGGGCCGGAUCGCGGGCGCCAGCGGCCGCCGGGAGCCGGAGCCGCGUCCCCCUGCGCCGCCCCGGGCCGGCCGGCCGCCGCCGCCGCCAUGCACCGCCUCUGGCUGGGCUGCGUCUGCCUCGCGCUGGUGCAGGCGGACAGCCCCUCCGCCCCAGUGAACGUCACUGUCAGGCACCUCAAGGCCAACUCCGCGGUGGUGAGCUGGGAUGUCCUGGAGGAUGAGGUUGUCAUUGGAUUUGCCAUCUCUCAGCAGAAGAAGGACGUGCGGAUGCUGCGCUUCAUCCAGGAGGUGAACACCACCACCCGCUCCUGCGCCCUCUGGGACCUGGAGGAGGACACGGAGUACAUCGUGCACGUGCAGGCCAUCUCCGUGCAGGGCCAGAGCCCGGCCAGCGAGCCCGUGCUCUUCAAGACACCGCGGGAGGCCGAGAAGAUGGCCUCCAAGAACAAAGAUGAGGUGACCAUGCAGGAGAUGGGGCGGAACCAGCAGCUGCAGACGGGCGAGGUGCUGAUCAUCGUGGUUGUCCUGUUCAUGUGGGCCGGCGUCAUCGUCCUCUUCUGCCGCCAGUAUGACAUUAUCAAGGACAACGAGCCCAACAACAACAAGGAAAAAACCAAGAGCGCGUCCGAAGCCAGCACACCAGAGCACCAAGGCGGGGGGCUUCUCCGCAGCAAGAUAUGA